AACACGUGAUUGUGAAAACAGGAAGGUCUGUUUUCUCAAAGUGUAAACAAAUCCACCUUUUAUAUUAUAAGGUAUCUAACUUCUUCAUGUAGACGUAUCUUGAUAACUUGUUUAAAUAAGUACUCUGAUGUUUCUGCCAAUGUUAUAUCCAAGGCCAGCUACAAUGACCAUGGCGCUUUGUGCGUUUUCACAUUUGCCGCAUGCUUUUUGUGACAGUUAAUGGCCACUCUAAAAGCACCAAACAAAAAUAGUAAUUAUCUCUUAUAAUGGGAAUUUGUUUGUGUCUUCAAAGGAGUACGAAACAAAGUCAGAACGACGGGGGUUCGCAUUAUUACCUAGGUUCGACUCCAACGACCGCAAACAAUGCGGCAAAGUACCUUUGUCACCAAACGCUUGAAGUUACGAAUAAUGGAACUACUGCCGACAUCGCUCCAACGAACGUCAACCAAGUGACACUGUACAACCUCGGUCCUAAAAAUUCUCUUGCCGUCUCGAGGAAUGUUGUGGCUGAUAUGCAUAUGACUUGUGUAGCUGGUCAGAAUAAUGCAAUUACGUCAGCAAUAUCUACCGUGUCUCCGGGGGGAAUUGGGGUCCAAGCGAGACCUUUGGUACAGGUCCGCGCCCUUUAUUCAUAUCAGGGCCACAACCAAGAUGACCUCUCGUUCCAGAAAGGAGAUAUAAUGUUUGUUAUAUCUGGUAUGUCUGAUGCAUGGUGGUUUGCAAGACAUUCCGACACUGGAAUGAGUGGGUACAUACCCAGUAACUACGUCUGUCUGAAUGAUGGACUUCCAACUAGCUUGGAUGCCUGGUAUGACAUAGGUCGACGUGAAGCUGAUCGAAAACUUUUGCUAGUGGGGAACCCCAAAGGAACAUACCUUAUUAGACCUAGUUCAGAAACCCAGAAUUAUGCACUCUCUGUUCGACAUUAUGACUCCGAAAAAAAUAUGUGGGUUGUAAAACACUAUCGCAUUCGGAUCCUUGAUAAUAACGGUGGCUUCUUUAUUAGUAUUCGCACGACCUUCCCGAAUAUUCAGGACCUCAUAAAUUAUUAUACAGUACACCCAGAUGGUUUAUGCUGUCGAUUGUCUAUCCCAUGCCCACGUGCAUAUCGUCCACCCGUGCAAUUUCGUGAUUUUGAAAUUAAUCGUGAUAGCAUAACAAGAAUUCGAAAGUUGGGUCAAGGUACAUUUGGAGAAGUCUAUUUAGCUAAAUGGAAUGGUUCAGUCGAAGUAGCAGUUAAAAUGAGACUCGAUCCUACAGAUCGUAGUCGAUUUAUUGAAGAAGCACGCCUUAUGCAUGCUUUUCAUCAUCCACGUAUUGUUCAACUUUUGGGCGUAUGUACUGAACCGGAAGACCAACCAGUUUAUAUUAUUACUGAAUUAAUGCGCAAAGGAGCUUUAUAUGAUUUUUUACGUACAGAAGAAGGACAUAAAUUGACUUUGGAUGAUUUAAUUGAUAUAAUGGCACAGGUGUGUGUACAUUUUUGUUACUAUUUUAAGUUAUUUGUACAACUAGUUUUCGCUUUGAUUAAGUUAAGUUUUUACCAUCUUCAGAAGCUAAAUUAUGAUAUAUUGUUUGUUUUUGUUUACUAGCUUGCCGUCCUUGUUGUAUCUGUAAAAAAUGAUGAGGCUAAUUGGCACAAUAAUUAAACUGACAAAAAAGAUAGUGGUAUGUUGAAAAGUUAGAUGUCACUUACUGGUGAAGAUUUCAUAGAUUAGUGUUCAGAAACAAUCUAGAUGUUGAUUCUUCAACUUCAACAUCAUAAAUCUCGGGUUGCAUUUCUGAUAAUUAUUUAAUAAAUUUCACAGGUUGAAAUCAUGAGUCGAUUCAAGCUAGACCACCAUGGAAAACCUGGAAGCAGUGGACGGCCGUUUCGUCCUAGUAUGGGACUCCUCAGCAGUGCGCAUCCACGAUCCCACCUCUCGAGACAUUCGAACCCAGGACCUAUCAGUGUCGCGCGCGACCACCUAAUAAUUAGAACACUGAGUCGGCAUCCAACUGUGUUAAUGUCUAACUUCAACCAAUCCACGAAGUUGCGCCACCGUACACCAUUGUCUUCAGUGAGUUGAUAUCUCACAACAGACCUGGUUGAACUCCACUGGUAACGGCUUCUCACUAGAACUCCAGGAGUUUUUCCUGAAGUCAGUCACUAGUGAGCAGUUGAUUAUUAUCAGAAUGGAUUUUGUGGAGAGUUUUAGAAAUUUCACAGGUUGAAAUCAUGAGUCGAUUCAAGCUAGACCACCAUGGAAAACCUAUGGAAAACUUAUUUAAUACUUGUGUAGAGUAAUGACUUAGUGGUUAGUGCAUUCAACUUCUAACCAAUAUCUCUGAUAUUCCAACCCCCACUUAGUAUAAAUAGACCUCACACAAGGUGUGACUCAUUAGAUAAACAUGUACUUGUCAUUUGGCAAAUAAAUCACAUAUAUAAUAUUUUUCUGUUCGGGAAUACAAACUUAUCAUAUUUACGUUCGGUAGUAUUAUCAGUGACCGUUGUACACUGAACAAGGUCCGAGGGCGAAGUCGUACUGCUGACUGUACAGAGGUGUGACGGCAAUAAGGUGUUUCCUUCAGACAACCAACAUAACAGCGACACUUUCUUCCCACAAACGAAGGAUGGGGUUAGAAAAUAUCGACCCUAAAAAUGCACACCUCGCCUUAUCCCACGGAUUUCCGUCUCCGGCGAUAAGGUCUCAACAAGUACGGAGCCAACACAACAGUUACUCACAAAAAGGUCGUGUGUGACCGGCCUCAGGCUGUUGUUCCUUAGACACUGCGGUCACACACUCAGGUCACUAAGACCAACUAACCCAAUUCCCUUUUCACGUACCUCUAGGAAAAGCCUUCCACGGUGUGGGCAACCGGGAAGUGAUAACCGCCCUCAUAUCUCUAAUAGCGCUCAAGACUACUGCAAUGAAUUUAACGUACGGUCUGUUAUUUUAGGAUUAUUGCACAGUGAUAAAGUCAAAUUGUCUGUCUUAUUAUAUUUAUUUGACAUUAAUCAAUGUAUUCCAUGGGACGAUGUAUUGUAAUUUAUGAAAUUAAAAUAAUAUGAAAAAGGAAUAAUAAGGAAGAUAGCAUGUUACAUUUUUUGUGUUAAUUUAUCCUAGGUAUAACGAUGUCAGAAUAGAUUACUCAAUUUGAAGGUUUUUUCCUAUCAUAAUAAUCUAUCAAUAUUUCGCUUUACGACAAAAUACGAAUCGUGUAUUUUAUAUCACUCAAAAAUAGCCGAAAAAUAUUAAUCUUUGAAGUGUUCUCCCUUCACUUCAGUUUAGCUUCGGAUGCUCAUUGGAAACAUACUAAUUCUUUGGUGUUUGGUGAAUUUAACUUAUUAUAUAUAGUGUAAUAAGUAGAUACAAUUUUGUUUGCUUUCUUGGGAGGAAACUGUAACAGUAUUUUGUUUAUUUUAAUUUGAUAGAUGAUUGAUUUACAACUAGUUAUCUAUAUUUCUUUUUGUGUGCCUUCCUACGACUGUUAUUGUUUUUCAAAAAAAAACCCAAAGCAUUACUAUACUGACAUUUAAUGUAUUAGCUUAUAUUUUAUUAGUUAAAUCAAUUCACGAAGUAUUAGCUGAUGCCAUGUUUAUCAAUCACUUCUUAGUGCUGAUUGGAAUCUAUCAACGAAGUUGUGAUUCGACCACUAGUUUGAGUGAUUCAUCAUCACCUGAACAUGUUGAGAUGUUACGUGGUUGACCUACUAAUCAUCACUAAAGACUUGACAAACGGAACAUUAGCCACGACUCAAUGGUCAAUCAUUUGUGAACAUCUCAAUCCUAAAAAAGGUCAACAGUGGCUCAAAUAAGUUGGAUGCCCCAAAGUUCAGCUCUACCAAGAUUACUUGUACAUCUUUCUGACGAGUGCCAAAUAACACGGAACAUAUAUCCAGUUUUUUUUGUUACCGAAAUGUGAUCCACUUUCGUUUCGCACAACUGCGUAUUGCCACGUAAACCUUACCUGACAAUAGUCUACCCCAAAAAGCCCGAAUAUAUAUGCUGAUAGCUGUUUACUGAGUCACAUAUAUAGAACAUGGUUUCUAAAAGUAGGGGGUAUUCGUAGGUUACUAGUGUUCGAUUACAGUUGUCUUCGGAGCCUUGCUCGUAUAUUUAUUUAUUUUGAUGGUAAACCAGUUGAUGAGGUUGUAAAUCUUCAUCGACUGAGAUGUUUUGGCUACGUGUUACGUAUACCUGAACAUCGAUUACCACGACGCGCAAUGCUGACUAAUGUUGCAGACGGAUGGAAGUUAGGGGCGGUCAAACAAAAACGUGGCAUCAGUCUUUGAAGUCACUAACUUCUAGUAUGAGCCAUGUUGGUAGAUGCAGACUACUUGGUUGGGGUCGACAUGACUAUCGUAACCAAUGGUUGGAGACUGAAUGACAUGGCUCGAAAUCGACAACAACGGCGUAGGUGUAUACACUCUUUGUCUUCCCUUAAACUGCGAGAUUAAAAUCGCCUUAUAUCUUUCAUUCUACGGACUAAUUAUUUCUUCCUGUACUCAGUCAGUAACAACGUAGAACUUCGUACGUACGUACAUCAGUUCGAGUUGCCACACCACAUUAGCACACAGAUGUAGUGGUCGAUUCAAAUCCCGUAGUGGUAGAGGUAAUAAGAGUAUAAGCAGUAAUCGGGAAAAUUAGUGUUUGGAGAUGUUAUUUAAAGAGUAUAAUACAGUGAAAUAAAUUUGGGAAGAGAAAAAAAGAGACAAGGAGGAAUAAGGAGAUCAAAAUUUGGGAUAACACAAAGAGUGUAUGCACCUGCGCCAUUCCUGUACUAUAUCCUUGUAUACAAUCUUUUAUAUAUUACUACCGUUGAAGUAACUACUAUCAAUUUGUUGUCCAUCUUGCUGUGCUAAUGAGGUGUGGAGACCUAGACCGAUGCAUAUAUGUGCCUGGUCCUACGUUGUAGACAACUGACUAAAUGCUCGGAUAUUUUGGUACAAUCGAAUUACCAAUUUUAAGGUUAUACGUAAGCAUGCUAAAUCAAUUGACAACGUGGUUAAUCUUUAUUGACUGAGAUGGUUAGGACGUGUAUUAUAAACGCUCAUCCACCAACUACUUUGAUGCACGAUAUGGCUGAUGUAAGAGUAGGUUGGAAGAAAGCUAAGGGUGGUCCAACUAAGACAUGACAUCUAUCCACAAACUAUUUGGUUUCAGCCAUGUAGGUAGGUGCAGACUACCCGGUUAGGAUCCACGUGAUUAUCAUAACCAAUCGUUACAGAUUUUAAAAUCGUUCGCGAUGACGCAGGUGCAGUUACUCUUAUUUCCCCCUACAUCCUAAGUUUCUCAUAAAUUUAUUUUAUGAUUUAACUAAUUUAUAUUUCCCUCUCGAACUGUGUCAUGAAUUUUUAAUCUUUUCUAUUACCGUUAAUCUUGUUACUACCUGUACUACUCUGGGAUUCCCUCUGACAAUUUCAUCGCUGUGCUAAUAAGGUAUCGCAACUUGAACCAAUAUAUACAGGUACCAGUUUCUGCGUUACAACUGGUUGACUGUGCAUUAAUGUUCACUACAUUUUCUAAUUAAAUUAAAUUCAGAUUAACCUUUUUUCUUUUUGAAUUUCAAUCGUACAGAUUGCUAGUGGUAUGUCGUAUUUGGAAGAAAUGAAUUCUGUUCACCGAGAUUUACGUGCAGCUAAUAUCUUAGUGGAUCAAGAUUACUCAGUUAAAGUUUCAGAUUUCGGAUUGGCUAAAAUUAUUAGCGAUGAUUCUCAUGCUGAUCCAAAUACUAAAUUUCCUAUUAAGUGGACAGCUCCAGAAGCGGCUUUACAGCAUAUCUUUAGUAUAAAGUCUGAUGUAUGGUCGUUUGGUAUAUUGAUGUAUGAAAUAGUCACUUACGGUGGAACGCCUUAUCCAGGUAACCAGUGCUGUUCAUCAAAAUUUUUGCAUUCCGUUUAUAAAAAAUCGAUAUUUUGAUUACUCGCGGCUUAUUUCUAUAUGUUACAUAUUUUGAUUUGUGGGAAAAGUCUUUUCUCAUCGCUUACUAUUAUAUAUAGAAUUUAUUUAUUUGGACACAUAAAUGUUGGUACAAAGGAGCACCGAAUACAUAUGGGCCACACAAGUCACUUGAUUUGUGUGUGGGCUGUGAAUACUGCCCAGCAAUAGGUUUAUACACCAUUUGUUCCCUCAAGAUCCUGGAGCCCAUGUGCACUACUGGUUUCGAAUCGGGGUUUUCCAACCCCCAUAGGUGAAUCCUCCAUAUCCGCCAACCCAGUUCAAGAGCCUGACAUUCGCUUUUCGUCCUCCCAAUUUCGUAAACAACACCCCACCACGAGAAGACAGUGAGUAGGACUUCCCUGACAGUGGCUGUAUACGCGUGGUUAUAUGAGAGCAUUUGGAGAGGGAGAGCGGACUCUCCCCAUCCUCGGCCGUACCAGGGCAUAUAUAAGGGCUAGUCGCAGCCAACUAUUUGUCGAAUAUUCAUGAUCAGUAAGAGAUUUGAAUACCUAACUCCAAUGAUCUAAUAAUCAGAAAUUCUUAUAGCCACAAUAAAGUUCAAAACUAUGUACAAUAUCCUUCUUGUCUGUUGAUUAGUGAAAUAUAAUGAUACUGUGGAAUUGGUUUAUUCAACGCAUUCGGGGUCAGGUUGUAAAUGGAUUGAUAGUAAUUUGUCCAACUGUGCUUUCUCUUAAUUUUUUUGGAUAAUAUAUCUCUGGUGAUGUAGAAUGGAUAGAAUGUGGCUACCAGUGUAAUGGAUGACAUGCGUUCCGCUCUACUCUUCAGUUGGGUGUACCUGCAUCCCAGAGUUUAUGUUCACCCCGGGAGUCGAACCGAGUACCGUUCACUUCAAAUGCCAUCGGGUUAUCCACUUAGCUACUGAAUCUAUAUAGCAACUCACUUGUGCAAUGGGUAUGAGAUUUAAUUCAAUUUGAAAUAUUUUCUCGAUCAUCCCGUUGUUGAUAUUGUCGACUGUGAUUUAAUCAGUCUUGGUUGGUGUAUGAGCAUCCUGUGCAGACUGUAUAGAUAUAGCCAUUAUUAUACAAGUUUAUGUACAUUAGAUGACUGUGGGUGACAUGGCUCAGAAUCGAUCACAAUGGCGUAGGUGUAUACACUCUUUGUCUUCCCUUAAACUGAGAUUAAAAUUAUUUCACAUAUUUCUUUCUACGAACUAAUUCUUUCUUUCUGUACUACAUCCUUACAUAAAAUCUUUCCUUUAUAUAUUAUACCAUUGAGUUAACUACUUCUAUGAAUCCGGUGUUCGUCUUGCUGUACUAAUGAGGUGUGGAAACUUGGACCGAUACAUGUGUGUGCCUGAUCCUACGUUGUAACUGACUGACAUUAGAUGAAAUGUGGCUAGCAAUGGAAUCCAGAGCUCGUGUUUCGUCCUUAUACCAACGACUCCUGAUCAAAUAUGCAUAUUUUUAGUGGUUAUUAUUUAAUGUUAGUCAUUUGCCAAGUACAGAUUUAUGUAACGGGCUUUGAGCCACACUUUGUAUGCAUCCAUAAGGUCUAGUGAUAAGUUGCUUGAUUCUCUAAACGAUUUUGAAAAUUUUUCCAAUUUUUCUUAUCAAUCAUAAUGUUAAUGUGGAAGAAAAAUGUAUCAUACAAAAGAAAAAAUUCAAAUUAUAUACUGUUUUCAAUGAAUAGGUUGAGAUGGGUUUUUGGUUUUUUCUGUUUUGCAGUUGAACAAUCAGUAAAGAUACUAAUCCGUAUGAGUCUUAUUAACAAUCUAACUCGCAAAUAAUUUAUUUUCCUUAAUGAAAUCAUCAACCAUCAGCAAUCUUUAUCGAUCGAUGCGCCGUGACCUCAAGUUCACUAUCUCAGUCAUAAUUUGUUCAUCCGUAUAGUUAGUACUAACUAAAUAGUAUUACUUAAUUGUCGAAUUCGGAAUAGUAGUGAUACGGAGUUCAAACUUACGAUAUUUUAAACCCAAGUUCCCUAACCAUUAACUAACUCGUUGUUCUCCUCUUUCCACUUUCACACAGGUUCAAAUACUAAUUGUCAUUGUUUAGAUAAUCCUUCCCCUCAUAUUAACAGUAACCUUCAUCAAACAGUCUCCCAAAGUGUGAGCAUACUAAUUUGUACAAUGGUUGCUCAGUUAAAUUAAACUGAAUUACAAUGUUAACGUGAUAUGACAGGUAAUAAUUAAUGCUGAAAAUCAGGUCUCUUUAUUUGAUUGGUGAGUGAGUGACCUACGGAUUCCAACCUCGUACUUAUUAUUAAAUGUCAUCUAAUCACGUCUUCUUGUAUUUAAUAUCUUUGGAGUUAAUCAUGUCAUUUUACUCGAGGUGAAACCUACUUCUUUGCUGCCAUAUGGUUUUUUUUAAUAAUAUUUCAUUUGCGGGUGUGCAUCGACAAGUCAAUCUUAUGAGCAGCUAUCACUUGAUCGCAUAGUAUGGUUUCGGUUCAUCUGUCAGCCAUAUCAUCAUAUUCAUUCGUCAAAUACUGAAACCUAUCCUCCAUAACAGGACCUCAUCCACACAAAUCAUAUUUUCUCACCCGUAAGACCGAUAAACGUUUUUUGUUAGUUGUUACUAUUUAUCGGUCCAUUUCGGCAUUUUUCCAUUCCGCUUCUGUCUAAAAGGUAUUUUCUCGUAACCAAAAUAAUUUGUACUUGGGGAUGUGGGAAAAUACCUAUAACUUUGUUUCCGUAGUCUUAUUGCAUGCAUAUGUGGUUUUUUAAAAUCUGUUCAUUUCUGUCCAUUGUUUUUCUUCUAGGAAUGACUACCCGUCAGACAGUAGCUGAGGUUGAAAAAGGUUAUCGAUUACCUUGUCCUCAUACUCCUGAACAUCCUUGUCCUGAUGACUUAUACAAUCUUAUGCGAAAAUGCUGGGACGCUAGACCAGAGAAUCGUCCUACAUUUCGUUCUUUGUAUGAUGUUUUUGAAAACUGGUCUACGCACACAGAAGCUCAAUAUCUAGAUAACUAGGAUCCAAUCUUCCUUUUUUCUUAAUAAUCAUUCCUAAUUCAUAUUAAUAUUUCACUACGUGUACAUUUCCGGUGAAGUAUUUUUCUUCCUGUGAAUUCUUGGUUUUUCUUUAUGUACAUAUUAAAUAUUCACUUUUUGUGGCCAGAUUGUUCAACGUGUAUUGUACAUGCAUCUGUUUAUUGUUUUAUUAGCUACCUCUCUUGUCAUUAAUUUCUCCUACCUUUGUGUUUUCUAUCUACUGUUUUCUGAUUUUAAAAAAUGACACAGUAUCCUGUUGUCUACAAAUAUAUCCCGCGCCAUUAAAUUUCUAUGUAAUACUGAUGUUUUGUGUCCCACAACUCUGUCGUACAUUUAUAUUUAUAUCCUUCCAGUAUUUUAAAAGUUAUACUGCUUCUGCUUUCGUAGGCAAAGAAAAUAGCAAUCGUAAUUUCCGAUGAAUACUUCCAAUUCGCAUAUAGAUUACUAUAUAGGCCUCUGCAUUUUCUCAAAAUCUACUCAUUUUAGCUAAGUUGUGUAUAUCAGUAACACUGCUAAUUGAUUUCGUUUUAUAUGUAUUCUAUAAUUAUUAUUCGGUUUUUGUAAAUUAUGUAUAUCGCAUUUUUAAUGUAACUUUUUUCUAAUCCUCUCAAUAUGCUUUUUUUCUAGACUACCUUUAAAUAAUUACAUUACCAAACGUUUUUGUUUUUGUGUGUACAAUAUGAAGAGUAAAGUUGGCAAACAAUUCCAGCACACAGCAAAGCUAAUUAUUAUAACAAUGUGCAUCCAGUAUACCUUCUUUUCUUUUCUUUCUUUUUCUAAUGCCUAGUGUAUAUCUGAUGUAACCUGAGAAGUAUCACUAUUCUACUGCUGUAAACAUCUUAUUACGAAUAUAUAUACACCUUUUUAGUUGGAAACAAACUAUUCAAUGUCAGUAUCACUCUACCGUCGUAGAAAUACCUGUAAAUUCUGUGUGUGUUCCAAUCCACUUAGUGCAAGCAGAAAGCAUAUUCAUGCGAUUGUCUAUAUCUAUUUUUAUCGCUCUCUCUCUCUCUCUACCAGUUAAUAUUCGAAUAAAUUAAUGUGUGAUUCAUUUCACUUAGUGGCGUUUCUUUCUCAUAAGGGUGAUCUCAAUACUGGUUGAAUUGGUUCUUGGAUGAGAUUCUUAAUGUCAAUAUGUGCGCAUUGUUGAAUCUGUAUUCAUUGCUCUGAUUGUUAUAUAAAUUAUGAAACUAAAAGAUCCAAUAUACAACAUUUUCGCUCUUGUUCUUGUUUCAUGCAUCCUUUUCUAAUUCUGCCACUGUUUAUUGCCUAUGAAUUGAUCAAUGUAUUUCGAUUGCGUGUAUUAUUCUUAGUCUUUCCUUUUAUCCAACCGAAAUGCAAUUUUCGUGUAUAUGAUUUGCGUUGUCUGUUCACAACAAUUAUAAAUAAAAUAAAAUGUACUAAAUUCUAUUCAAGUUAGUUUUUUUUAGUAAAUGUAUUUUUGUGGAAAUUAGUUUAACUUGCAGGUUAUUUUGAUAAUUGAUUAAUCUCAUUUGGCGUACAAACCAGGGAUCGAACUCCAUAAUCUUAAGUUCUCGCAGUGAGUGUUUAGCCAUUAGAAUAACUGAAUAUAUGUUCAAAAGCUCAUCCCAAGUUCGAUGCCA